UUUUUUUUUCUUCCUUGGUUACUUACAUUCUAUCUACAUCUUGCAUACUUGUGCUCAAUAGAUUCUCCUUAUUUGAAACGGUUCCAUCAAAAAGUAACAACCCACUUCUUCCUCGUCUUUAUUUGAUUCCCCUCCCCUCUCCUCUCUCUCUCUCUCUUCUUUCCCCUUCAUCCUUCUCUUUGUUGUUUAUUCCCCUCCCCUUUUCUUUCCUUUUUAUUUUAUUUUAGUUUUUUUUUUCCUUUUCUUAUAUAUAUAUAUACUUCAUCAUGCCUAGUCCAAUGACUUCAACUCCAUCUACUAGUACAUCUUCUCAUAACGUUGUCGGUGUUCAUUACAAAGUAGGAAAGAAAAUUGGUGAAGGUAGUUUUGGUGUCAUUUAUGAAGGUACCAAUUUAUUGAAUAAUCAGCAAGUCGCUAUCAAAUUUGAACCUCGUAAAAGUGAUGCUCCACAACUACGUGAUGAAUAUCGAACUUACAAAAUUAUGGCUGGUAGUGUUGGUAUUCCCAGUGCUUAUUAUUUUGGUCAAGAAGGUCUUCAUAACAUUUUGGUCAUUGAUCUUCUCGGUCCCAGUUUAGAAGAUAUGUUUGAUGUGUGUGGUCGUCGAUUCUCUACUAAAACGGUUGCCAUGUUAGCAAAACAAAUGAUUAAUCGAGUACAAACUAUUCAUGAAAAGAAUUUGAUAUAUCGUGAUAUCAAACCAGAUAACUUUUUGAUCGGCAAACCUGGAACGAAUUAUGCAAAUAAUAUUUUUAUGGUCGAUUUUGGGAUGGCCAAGUUAUACCGUGAUCCAAAAACAAAACAACAUAUUCCCUAUCGUGAGCGAAAAAGUUUAUCUGGUACAGCUCGUUAUAUGAGUAUCAAUACUCAUUUGGGUCGUGAACAAUCAAGAAGAGACGAUUUGGAAGCUCUUGGUCAUGUGUUUAUGUACUUUUUACGUGGUUCUUUACCUUGGCAAGGAUUGAAAGCUGCUACCAAUAAACAAAAAUAUGAAAAAAUUGGUGAAAAGAAACAAACUACAAAUGUCAAGGAUUUAUGUUACGGUUAUCCUGAGGAAUUCGGUAUCUAUUUGCAAUAUGUUCGGAAACUCGGAUUUGAAGAAUCACCCGACUACGACUUUCUCCGGGAACUAUUUACCAAGGUGAUCAAGAACUUGGGUCAAGUCGAAGACAAUAUGUAUGAUUGGUGUCUCUUGAACAAUGGAAAAGGAUGGGAGACUAUGACGAAACGCCAAGCUUCACGCCAAGGUCUUCCUGCUCCUGCCAAAAAAGUAAUUGAAAAUAACUUGCGUCAAAAUACUCAAUCUUCUUCAAGACAACAACAAUCAACUCCUCCAUUACAACAACAACAACAAUUAUCGCACCAGCAAGAUGUUCCUAUCACUCAUUUAUCAUCACCUCCUGCCGCUCAAGCUGCUGUGGUUGCUACAAAUGCUGGCAAUGUAUCAUCCAGUCAACGAGAUCCUCAUCAACAGAAGAAACCUGGUUUUUGGCAAAAGCUAACUUGUGGUUUAUGUCAGUAGAUAGAUAAUUCAUUUUUUUUUACCCUUUGCCUUUUUUUUUUUUUUGAUUUCCCACUUCACUCCUUUUGAUUUUUUUGAUUCAUUUUUUUUUUUUUUGAACUUAUACAAUUUUUACAAGCAAGCUUCUAGUUAGUUUCAUCACAAACAAUUAUCAUAUUUUACUUUAUUCUUCAUAGUUUUCCACCCAACUUAAUAAAAAAAAAAAGAAAUUCUUUUUUUCAUUGGAUACGACUCUUAAGGGAUGAUCGGAUGUCCCUCUUUUUUCUUUUUUUGUACAUUAGAAUAGAGUUUGAUGAACUCUUUUUUAGAUUGAAAGAUCUACACUGUUUUGUGACGAUAGUGAAAGGAUUCCUUUUUUUUUUUUCUACGAAAUGGAUUAGUUCGCCGCAUAUACUUUUUAUUAUCUCAAGUGAUUCCUUUUUUUAAAAAAAAAA